AUGUUUUUAUUUGAUGCAGUUUCAAAAGCAAGUGUGUUAUAUAUUAAAGGACAUUCUGGUUAUUCGUCUUGCACUACAUGUAUCCAAGAAGUCGGUUAUAUUUCAUCAAAGUCUGAUACAAAACAAACCGCUGGAAAGCAAAAUCAGUAUGGAGCCAAAAAACAUGAUGUCAAGGCAUUUUUUGCCAAAAAAUCUGAACCUCAUACUAUCAAGUGUGUGUUGUGUACAGCGCCACAUAGAAUUUAUGCAUGCGACCAAUUCAAUCAAAUGUCAGUAUCUGAGCGUAAGGAUAUUGUAACCAAAUUUAAAUUAUGUUUCAACUGUCUGAACUUCGGACAUCAAGUUGAAUCUUGUUAUUAUCCUGGAUGUCCACGUUGUGGGAAAAAACAUAAUUCAAGACUACAUGCUGACUCGAUCCAUAUGUCAGAACCAGAGAGCUCUACGCAAACUGAGACACAGAAAACCAGUCAACAUAAUGCAGUAUGCCAUGCGAUGACCAGUAAUAAGCAUGCGUCAAGUACCACGUCCACUGUGAUGCUUGCUACUGCUGUAAUAAAUGUUCAUGACUCUGAUGGACGACCUCAACGUUGUAGAGCCAUCUUGGAUUCUGGAUCUCAACUUAAUUUCAUAACGUCAUCUUGUGCUCAACGCCUGCGUUUAAAGAAGACUAAUGUUUCAUUGUCAAUAUCUGGUGUUGGUACUAUGUCUUCUUCCACUGUGCGUUUAAUGCCAUGCACUAUAUCAUCGCAUUGUCAAAACUAUCAAUCCUCGAUUGAAUUUCAUUCAUUGCCAACGAUAACAGAAAGACUUCCGCAUCAAAUGUUCAGCAUGGAUCAAUUGAACAUAUCUGAUGAUGUCAAGGGCAAUCUAGCUGAUCCUCAACUCAACGUACCAGCUGCUGUUGACAUAUUAUUUGGCGCCGAGCUAUUUUAUAACAUUUUCCUGGGUGCACGUAAACAGCUGUCCAAGCAUAUUAGUGCACACAAUACAAAACUUGGUUGGAUACUUGUUGGUAAAUUAUUUGAGAAGUCAUUGGUUAUGUCAAAAAUAACCAUGCUAUCUACACCAGUAUCUACCAAUUCUGCUUUAAAUCUAUUUACCUCAACUACAAAUGCUCAAUUCAUCGAAGAAGCUCAAGCGGAGAAGCACUUUUCAUCAACUGUUAAGCGUGAUGAAAGUGGUAGAUUUGUUGUAAGGCUUCCAAUUAAUGACGAGAUCACAUUCCUUGGUGAUUCUCGACCAAUGGCAGAAAGGCGGUUUUACAAUUUAGAAAGGAGACUUGGUAAAGAUAAAAAUUUGGCAGAGCAAUAUGACAUGUUUAUUUCUGAAUACUUGGCGUUAAACCACAUGGAGCUGGCAAGUCCUACAUGGACUGGACCAAAAUAUUAUUUGCCUCACCAUCCAGUAUUUAAGACCAAUAGCACAACCACAAAUUUUCGAGUAGUGUUUGAUGUUUCUGCCAACACCAAGUCCGGAAUAGCACUCAAUGAUAUUUUGUUAAAAGGACCAAAAGUACAGUCAGAUAUAUUUCAUAUCCUUAUUCAUAUCCAUGUUCUUCGAUUUCGCAUUCACCAAGAAGUGAUCACAGUGGACGUCGAGAAAAUGUACCGACAAGUGUUAGUUGCACCUGAGGAUAGAGACCUCCAACGAAUUCUUUAUCGAAAAAGUCCUACUGAUCAACUACAAGAGUACAGGCUGUGCACUGUAACAUAUGGAACAAAGUCAGCCUCGUAUUUGGCCACUCGUUGUCUAGCUGAGAUUGGAAAAUGCACAGACAAUCCUAAAUUAAAUCGAGUAAUCACUCAAGAUUUCUACGUUGAUGAUCUCCUGAGUGGCGGGGCAUCUGAAGAUGAAUGUUAUCAAAUUUACACUUCACUAUUAAGACAUUUUAGUCCAGCUGGUUUUCCACUUCGUAAAUGGUGUUCCAACUCAGUCAACCUUAUUAGCCAAAUACCAUCAGCGUGUAAUGACCCAACGUUUGUAUUAAAACUCAGUGAGGAUGAUACGGUUACAGCCUUAGGACUCACAUGGCAACCUAUCACUGAUCAGUUUCGUUUUACGUUCAAGCAUUGGUCACCGCCGUUAAACAUGACCAAGCGUACACUAUUAUCAGACAUCAACUCAGUUUAUGAUCCUAUUGGACUCAUAUCCCCUGUACUCAUUCUUGGAAAAAUUUUCAUUCAACAAUUAUGGGGAAUGAAGAUGAGCUGUGACGACAUUAUCUCAUCUGAAUUGCAAGCUCGAUGGAUAAAAUUCUACAACUCUCUUCAGUCGUUGCAUGAAUUGGCCAUACCACGCAAGGGUAUCAACGCUGCAGAUUCAAAGAUCACCAUUCAUGGCUUUUGCGAUGCAUCGCAAGAGGCAUUUGGUGCAUGCAUUUAUUUACGUUCUGCCAGUCCAAAUGGUCAAGUGUAA